AUGCAGCUCUGUUUGCUCACCUGUGCCGGGCUCCUCGCCCCCGAUCUGCCGACCCAGGCGCCCCACUGCGUGUGUGCGGCUCCCAUGCUCAGCACAACUGAGAAGACUGAGCAUGAGGGGCGAGAGCUCUCAGAGUCCCUCCUGCACGAGCUGCAGCUGAUGACAGGGACGGGAACCUGCCUCGUACUAUCACUGCUGAGGAAGAGUGAGAGGAGGAAAGAGAGGAAGGGAGAGGAUGAUGCUGCCAUCGUGUGGCCAUGUAACCUCAUCAAACGGGAAAAUAUCAACCCUUCGACCGACAGCUCCAGGGUUAACGACAGCUCCACUCCUCUGCUGUCAUGA